AUGAGCGCCAGCAGGGGUUCCGCAUUGGAUGAACCACAUGUGACGGGAGGUAACAGCAAGUCGCAGAUGGAGAGCCAGGAGAACCAUCUCUUUGCGUAUCAGUUCACCCCCACGCCAUGCGAACCGCUACGGAUGGAGAGGUUUCGCUUAGAGAACAUAUUCAUGUGCUUCGCCUCUGUGUGUGGUUUCGCCUUUGCAAUUGCGUCGCUUAACACACCGAUAUCUCGCCUGAAGACGCCGGAGCUUGAAAUUACCAUCGAUGGGUGGAUGGUGCACGGAUGCCUACAGUCGAACUGUGGGAGCUACUUUUUGUGGCUUAGGCUCUGCGACGAAAUCGCCGCCAAUGCGUCGCUGUUCGUUGGCUUGGCUGCCACACAUGUAGUCGCAAUGUUUGUGAAUAUUGUGUUUAGUGGUUUUUUAGUAUUUGGUCGCGUCGGUGUAUCAAAAUACAUGGUGGUGGUGCUCGCCUUUGUGUCCAUGCUGCUGGUGUUUAUGGCUGGGAUGGGUGCCCUGAGCGUGCACGCGUCCCCGCUCUGUCACAACCGAUCACUGCAGUCGAUGGGAUUCAAGUCCGGACCCGCCUUACCAUUGCUCCUGACAGACUUCCUACUUCUAUUGGUGGCCUUUGUGUUUUAUAUCAUUCGCCGGUACUGUAGGCCGCCACGCUACCACUUCUGA